UGGGGCGCACGCUACGGGCCUGCAGUCAUGGCUGCGGCGUGGACCCGCAAGCGGCGCCUGGCGGAGCUGACGGUGGACGAGUUCUUGGCCUCGGGCUUUGAUUCCGAGUCCGACUCGGAGCCCGAAGGAGCCCCAGAGACGGAGACGCGGGCGGCGCGCGGAGCGGCCCGGAGCCCGGAUGGGCCAGGUGGGCGUCCCUUGGCCAGGCUUGAUGACCCCCGCCUUCUCAGCCGGUGGAAGGGCCGUGCGUCGGAGCACAAGGACCAGCUCUCUCGACUGAAGGACAAAGACCCCGAGUUCUACAAGUUCCUGCAGGAGAAUGACCAGAGCCUGCUGCACUUCAGUGAUUCGGACAGCUCUGAGGACGAAGGGGAUCGGCUCCACCCCCUGCCGGACGUGCUGGAAGAAGCAAGUGAGGAGGAGGAAGAUGAGGAGGACAGGGCCCCCAGAGGACCUGCGGGGAAGAGGAGGGAUUCUGCCUCUGUGACCCUCGCCAUGGUUGAGAGAUGGAAGCAGGCAGCAAAGCAGCACCUUACGCCAAAGCUGUUCCACGAAGUUGUGCAGGCGUUUCGAGCAGCCGUGGCCACCACCCAAGGAGAACAGGAAGGCACUGAGACCAGCAAAUUCCAGGUCACGGACAGUGCUGUGUUCAACGCUCUGGUCACUUUCUGCAUCAGAGAUCUCUUUGGCUGUCUCCAGGAGCUGCUGUUUAGAAAGGCCCCAAAGGACAGUAGCAGGGUGCUGCAGCCAUCCAGCAGCCCGCUGUGGGGGAAGCUCCGGCUGGACAUCAAGGCUUACCUGGGCUCCGUCAUACAGCUGGUGGCCUGUGUGGCAGAGGCGACAGUGGUGGCGGCCGUCCUCCAGCAUGUCAGCAGCUCCGUGCCCUACUACCUGACCUUCCCCAAGCAGUGCCGCGUGCUGCUGAAGAGGAUGGUGGUCCUGUGGGGCACGGGUGAGGAGACGCUGCGCGUGCUGGCCUUCCUGGUCCUUGUCAAGGUCUGCCGGCACAAGAAGGACGUCUUCCUGAGCCCCGUCCUCAAGCAAAUGUACAUCACGUACGUGAGGAACUGCAGGUUCACCUCCCCCAGCACCCUGCCCCUCGUCAGCUUCAUGCAGCGGACUCUGACAGAGCUGCUGGCCCUGGACGCUGGCGUCGCCUACCAGCACGCGUUCCUCUACAUCCGCCAGCUCGCCAUCCACCUGCGCAAUGCCAUGACCAUGCGCAAGAAGGAGACGUACCAGUCAGUGUACAACUGGCAGUUCGUGCACUGCCUCUACCUGUGGUGCCGCGCCCUCAGCACCAUCUGCCCCAGCGAAGCUCUGCAGCCCUUGAUCUACCCCCUGUCCCAGGUUGUCAUCGGUUGCAUCAAGCUGGUCCCCACUGCCCGCUUCUACCCGCUGCGCAUGCACUGCGUGCGCGCCCUGACGCUGCUCUCGGAGAGCACGGGCACCUUCAUCCCCGUGCUGCCCUUCAUCCUUGAGAUUUUCCAGCAGGUCGACUUCAACAGGAGGCCGGGGCGCAUGAGCUCCAGGCCCAUCAACUUUGCUGUGAUCCUGAAGCUGUCCAAGGUCAACCUGCAGGAGAAGGCGUACCGGGACGGCCUGGUGGAGCAGCUGUACGACCUCAGCCUGGAGUACCUGCACAGUCAGGCCCACAGCAUUGCGUUCCCCGAGCUGGCGCUGCCCGCUGUCUUGCAGCUGAAAUCCUUCCUCCGGGAGUGCAAGGUGGCCAACUACUGCCGUCAGGUGCGCCAGCUGCUCGAGAAGGUGCAGGAGAACGCAGAACACGUCCGCAGCCUCCGCCAGAGGGUCUCCUUCGGCGUGUCCGACCAGCGCGCAGUGGAUGCCUGGGAGAAGCGGACCCGGGAGGAGGGGACCCCGCUCACAAAGUACUACAGCCAGUGGCGGAAGCUGAGGGACCGUGAGAUCCAGCUGGAGAUCAGUGGCAAAGAGCGGCUGGAAGAUUUGAACUUCCCAGAGGUGAAGCGCCGCAAGGCGGCGGACGGGAAGUCUGAGGACAGGGCAGAAUUCAAGGACCUCUUUGAUCUGGACAGCGCUGAGGACGAGGACGAGGACGCCCCGGACUUCCCAGAGAGAGGGACGCCUGGGUCCCCGAGAGCUUGGCAGAGGCGGGAGGAGGAGGAGGAAGUCAGCGACUCAGAGGAUGGAAGCCCAGACACAGAGGCGGGGCCGGACCCCCAGGAGCCGUGGCAGCUGGCCCAGGGGCCGGAGGAUGAGCUGCAGGAUCUAGAGCUCUCCGAGGACGACUGAGGGCUGCCCGCCUGGAGCCUUGUGGGGGCUGCUGUGUGGUGUUCCCACCUCACCAGGCAGUCAGGUGUGCUGCUUCCCGGCUGCGGCUGAGCCGAGGCCCUGGGGUCCGUGCCCACGCAGGGCGUACAUGGUGGAUAGGGCUUUAUUUUUACAACAUAAGAGACCGGAAAGGACCAAGUGCUGUUCCAAGUCUUGGAGCGGUGGCCGUGGGGACGUAAACCACCGUGGGGCUGGCCUCCUGCCGCAGCUUAUGGUGGCGGGUGAGACGCACCUACCCCACGAAGGAGGCUGACCUGGAGCAGGGCUCUGCCUAAUGUUGGCGUGCAGUCGUGCCGUGGGCACGGCCGACGCUGCAGGGCCUGGGGUGCGCCUGUGCCUCCUCCGUCUCUGGUUUGUCUGCAGCCGCCCAGGGUGCAGCGCCCCCACCCCGGGCCUGGGUUCGGUCCCCGCGCUGUCUGCACCGGGCUCUGCAGGCACCCCCAGAGAGUCUUUGGAAACUCAUUCUUUUCCUCUUAAAUCACGUGUUUUCCUUUUAAAAA